GUUGUGUGGGACGCGGCCCUACUUCUGGCCAAAUACAUGGACAUCAAACGGGAUCAGCUGCUGCUCUACCGGUCAGUGGUGGUGGAGUUGGGCGCCGGCACCGGUUUUUGCGGCAUUUACGCGGCCGCUCUCGGCUCGAGACGGGUACUGAUCACCGAUUUGCCAGAUUGUGUGCCACUGAUGGCCAGGAAUGUGGCCCUCAAUCGGCAUUUGGUCGCCGAUAAGGUUGUGGUCGCGGAGUUUGAUUGGUGUCAAACCAAUGGUACGGAUCAGCGUUUUUUCACAGUACCCAUCGAUGCCAUCGAUUAUAUACUGGUCUCCGAUUGUCUCUAUUAUGAACAGAGUGUCCAACAGCUGUACAAUACGAUAGAGUGGUUGUCAUCAAAAGGGGCGUCGGUUUUGCUCUCGUAUGAGGACAGGGAAGACAAACAGCCACUGAUUGACCAGUUUUUUACCUUAAUCGCCGAUAAGUUCACCGCAACUGAGAUUCAAAGCCAUGAUUUACACCCCGAUUAUCGGUCACCGGAUUUGCAUUUAUUUGUGUUGAAACAAACUGUUUAACGAUUACUGUAUUAAGUUUUAGGCACUAAUUGUA